AUUGGCAUCCUCUCCUCUCCAUCCUCUCUAGUCGGUCUCUCCACCACCACCACACCUCACAAGCCAUUGUCUUUCCGAAGAAGAACCAGAAGAAGGCCAUGGAGCUGGACGAGCAGGCCUUCCUGGAGGAGAUCCUCUCCCUGCGGAGGGACGCCUGGGACUGCAAUGCCAUGGGCGACUUCUUCUCCCCGGCGGCCGCCUGCACCGCCGCCAUGGACUGCUCCUUCCAGGACCGCCACCAGCCGCCGCCCACCGUCAGCGUCCUCCCCACCUUCACGGCCUCCUACGGCCAGCCGCAGCCGCAGCCGCACCCGGCGGCGCCCGGGUUCGACUGCCUCAGCGAGGUCUACGGCGCCGCCGCCGCGUUCGGGGCCCCCAAUGCCGGCGACUACGGCGCCGAGAUGGGGUUUCUUGACGUCAUCGAGCCCAAGGCGCCGCUGGCGGAGGGCGGCCUCGGGGUCUGCAAGGUGGAGCCCGGCCUCGCGGAGGGCGCCGGCGCGUUCGGCGCCGGCGCCGCGCCGCCGGCCCCGGCGUCCAAGAAGAAGCGGGUGGAGGGCAUGCCGUCCAAGAACCUCAUGGCCGAGCGCCGCCGCCGCAAGCGCCUCAACGACCGCCUCUCCAUGCUGCGCUCCGUCGUGCCCAAGAUCAGCAAGAUGGACAGGACAUCGAUUCUGGGCGACACGAUCGACUACAUGAAGGAGCUGCUGGAGAGGAUCAAGCUGCUGCAGGAGGAGAUCGACGAGCAGCAGCAGCAGCAGGAGACGCCGGGCGUGCUGAGCGUGUUCCGGGAGCUCAACCCGAACGAGAUGGUGGCCAGGAACACCCCCAAGUUCGACGUGGAGCGCAAGGAGAGCGGCGAGACCCGGGUCGAGAUCUACUGCGCCACCAAGCCCGGGCUGCUGCUGUCCACGGUGAGCACCCUGGAGAACCUGGGCCUGGACAUCCAGCAGUGCGUCGUCAGCUGCUUCAACGACUUCGGCAUGCACGCCUCCUGCUCUGAGAUGCAGAGGGAGAGGAUCAGCGCGGACGCGAUAAAGCAGGAACUGUUCAAGAACGCCGGCUACGGCGGAGGCUGCUUGUAGAGGGGGACAUGGCUGAGCCGGAGGAGGAAGACGAAGAAGAAACCCAAGCAGGCAGCAAUAAAUUUAAAUUAAGCUUAAGCAGUAGUGGUGGUAGCAGCAGCAGUAGUUGCAGUGAGUAGCGUAAAAGACAGGCAGGCAGGCUGAGGCAAAGAUUUGGGAGGCCUUUUUGCAAUCCAUCUCCCCAUCAUAACCAACCAUGUUAUGUAGCAAGGCAUGUCCUACAACUAGCAGCAGCAGCAGCAUAUGCAGAUGCAAAGUGCUGUGGUGAAUCUUCUACUAUUUAACAAGAGCAAAGCUCGCUGCCUUUCCUUUCUAAUGAUUGAUCAUCAGUUGGUUGGGCUUUUCUCAGUUCCUUUGGGGUUUUUUAAUAAUGCUUAUCUCAGCUGCUCUGCUCUGUUCA